AUGCCAUCUACCACCAAAGAUGAGGCCACCAAGCCAAAACAAGCCACAGCCAAAGACCGAAUCGACGGAUUGCAUCAAAGCAUGAAGAACGUCAGAUCAGCACUGCGGACAUUGGACGGACAACUCAAGGGAAUGGGAAACGUGAUCGACAAGGAGGUUUUCGAGAGGGAUGAUGCUAUAAUUGCGAACGUGAAUCUCAAUAACGAGAACGAUGCAUUGUACGCACAAAUGGAGGAAGAUAGGAGGGUAUAUAUGAAGCAUCAUGACUCGUUGAAGGAGGAUCAAGCUGAGCUUCAAAGCGACAAGAGACGUCUUGACUUGGAGAAUGAAGCGCUAAAGGUGAAGGUCAAAUCCCUUGAGGGGAACAAGACGGCGCGAGAGGAGUUCCAGAAACAGGUCAAGGAGAAGAACGUCAAGAUUGAGACUCUAGAAGGAAAGCUCAAGGUAGCUACGACGGAGCUUGAGCAUCUAAAGGGUGUGGAGCGGAAGUUCAUCCUCGAGCUGGAUAAGAAUGCGGAGAAGGAUCAAACCAUUAAACAGCUAAAGGAGGAUGCUAAAGUCCAUAAGUUAAAGCUUGAAGACAUGCGAGAGCUUAAGGAACAGCUUCAUGAAAAGACACAGGAGCACGGGGGUUUUCUCAGCUGGGCUAACGCGCUUUGUGCCAGGAUGACCGAACUUCGUACUUCAAACGCAGCUUUGGAGAGCAGCAAGAAGGAGGCAUUAAGCAAGGCUGAGAAACACGCUGAGCUCGAGAAGGAAGUUCUCUGGUUACGAGCAGAACUGACUGACCUUAAGGGAAAGGCGAAUUGUCAACAGAUCCAACAGAAGGCAGUAAUUGAGGAGAAUGAAUCACUCAAAUUGAAGAUUCAAGAGCUCGAGGAGGCCAGCCGUCAUGGUGCAACUCCCGAGCAAGUCAACCAUCUCACAGAGAAAGCUCAAGACCUUGAGAAGGAUAGAAAGCUCAAGGAGCCUCUGACAAUGCUGGGCUCAUCGAUCCGUAUGGCCUACAUGCGCUUCGAAGCAGGCGGCACAAACGACCACGCCAUCAUGCCGCAGAUUGUCGACGCCAUAGCCUACAGCAAGAAUCCUCAAGUCGACGCAGCUCUCUACCAAACCGGCACACUGUCCGUCGAAGCUGAUGGCCAUCUGUUCAAGGAAAUCUACUCAUCACCAGCGUUUGUCCAACUCGAUUACGCAGCCAUGCCGAAGUAUUGUGAGAUGCUGGAGAACCUGGACAUCGUUGCUGAUUGGCUUCCCGAAACCCACCGCUCGAGAGACAUGCCGGAGUGGGCGAGGAGAAAGCAAGUUAUUGAGGAACUGAAGGGGAUGUGGAAUGAGGCUAUUAUGAAGGAUGUUAUGGAGUUUGAGGGACGGGAGGAUGUGGGUAAGCUUGUUGAUGAACUGGUCGAGCUGUCGGAUCGUUUGGGGGAAGCUAAAACAGCUUCGGAUGAAUUUUGGGAAGGAUGUUGA